GACCGGAAAGGAGGCGGGGCGGCGGCGGCGCGCGCUCCCGAAACGUGCACAAGGCAGGCGCGCGGAUCUGAGGAAGCCGGUCUGCUGCGGGAACGCGAGCCUGCAGCCUGUGUGGAGACAGGGCUCCUGAGAGACGGUCGCGAUGAACACGGUGCUGUCGCGGGCGAACUCCCUGUUCGCCUUCUCCCUGAGCGUGAUGGCGGCGCUCACCUUCGGCUGCUUCAUCACCACAGCCUUCAAAGACAGGAGCGUCCCGGUGCGGCUGCACGUCUCGCGGAUCAUGCUAAAAAAUGUAGAAGACUUCACUGGACCUAGAGAAAGAAGUGAUCUGGGAUUCAUUACAUUUGAUAUAAGUGUGGAUUUAGAGAAUAUAUUUGAUUGGAAUGUUAAGCAGUUGUUUCUUUAUUUAUCAGCAGAAUAUUCAACAAAAAAUAAUGCCCUGAACCAAGUUGUCCUCUGGGACAAGAUUGUUCUGAGAGGUGAUAAUCCAAGGCUGCUCUUGAAAGACAUGAAAACAAAAUAUUUCUUCUUUGAUGAUGGAAAUGGUCUCAAGGGAAACAGGAAUGUCACUUUGACCCUAUCUUGGAAUGUUGUACCAAAUGCUGGAAUUCUACCUCUUGUGACAGGAUCUGGACAUGUAUCUGUCCCAUUUCCAGAUACAUACGAAAUAACAAAGAGCUAUUAAAUUAUUCUGAACUUGAAACAACAUAUUUUUAUACUUAAUGAAUUAUAUCUCAUUUAUCUCUUCCCUUGCAUCUUCUGUUUCUUUUUUUUUUUUGGUUUUUUCUUAGGGGGGUGUUAUUUUUUGGUGUAAGAAUGUCAAAGACAUAUUUGAAGGAAAGGGUUAAAUAAUUUUGCAAAUAAUGACAAAGUCAUCAGAGUUGAGUAUUACAAAAAUAAGGCAACUGCAUAAUAAGGAUUUGUGAAAAAAUAUGUAUUUUAAGUAUUCACUCUAUUUCCAUUGUUCUUUAUGGAAUAUAAAGUGAGCACGAAGGGUUAUAAAAACUUUCAGGUGCCUGUAGAGUCAUAAGAACUCUGAAUUUUAUGUGUUGAGUUCAUGAAAGCUCAUACUGGAUGUGACUUAGAUAGACAUUCUUUUGUAUCUUUUAGGGUAUGUUAGCUUAGUAGGAAAAGUAAAUACAGUUACUUAUUAUAAGCCUGGUUUACAAAAAGCCAAAAGAGAUAGAAUUUUGUUUCAUUUGUUUCAGGAAUACUCACAAAGCUUGUGUUUCUUAAAGUACUAGCAGCUUUCUCCACUUAAAGAAUGAAUACCUCUUUAUAUGCUAUAAAUCAUUCACACUUAUGUUAAAAUCUCAAGUCAAUCAAAUGUGUGUCUUUCAGUGCUUUUUCUAAAAGCCUUUCUUUGUAUAUCUUUGUAUAAUUUUUUUAGCAUUGCCAUUGAAAGUUGAAAAUGUUUGCAUGGUUUACCAUCUAAGUUUAUUCUUGUGAGCAUGCCAAGUGCCACUAAGUGGUAAUCAUUUACAGCUCUAGGUCCACAUUUUAAUAAUCUUUGAAGUAGUAAUAAUUGCAUUGUGGUUUUCCAUUUACAAAGCCCUCUCACGUAUUUUGUUAUGUUGUGCUCAGUAACUAGUGAGGUAAAUAGUGCCUGUGUUAGCUCUUUGCAGAUAAAAAACCUAAAAUGCAGUUUAGUGAGUUGUUCGAAAGUAAAUAACUAGCAAGGAAUGAAGUUAAAAUUUGAACAGAAGUCUUCUAAUUCUCUGAGCUUAUUUUUACCUUUUACCUCAGUUUAUAGAUUAUAGUUCCCUUACAAAUUUUUUUUUUUUUUUUGUCUUUUUCCUUUUUGUGGGUACCAGGGAUCGAACUCAUGACUGCCUGCUUGCAAGGCAGGCGCUUACGCCGCUGAGCUAAAUCCCCAGCCCCCCCUUACAAUUUUUGUAAUGUUUUCUUGUUACCUGGACACCUUUCUAUCAUUCCUAUAAGUGGUUUGUUACUUAUAUAGAAGUGACUAAUUUUGAAGCUGCCACCAACUCAGAUAGCAGUAGUAUCUCAUCUUACUUCAUGAAUUUAUUUAUUUUGAAAUAUAAAGAAAAUAUUAAAUUUAUGUUAAAGUAAUUUUGUGAAUAUAUAAUAUAUGAUUGGCUACAUGAUUAUAUUUUUUGUAACUUUUUGUUGAAUGAGCAAAUAAGUAUCUUAAAGAUUGCAACUGCAUGUACCCUUAAAAGCAAAGCCAAACACUAUAGUUAUACGAUCAGCGGCAACCAAAAGGGCUAACAUUUUAUAACAGUUUAAACUGACUAAUAUUUGUUUUGUUUACCUCACGGGAAAUAUAUCACUGUUUAGUUACAUUCAUUUAAGAGCUGUUAUAUGUGUUUGUAUGAUUUAUGUCAAAAGUAAGAUUUUUUUCGAACAGGCAAAAAGGUCAGAGAUAUAACAUGAAUACGAGGCUGGUUUUGGCUUCCAGCUUUUUGAUUAAACUUCAGGGUCUUGGUGUUUGUAUCUGUAAAAUGGCAGAAUUGGACAUGUUAACUUAAGUGAUGAUCCUUUUAAACCACACAAUUUUGUAAGAUUCAGUUAUCUGGUCGUCAAAGAGAUUGAACAAACAAAGCACCUUAGUCAUAUAAAGAUAGUGUGAUUGAAAGACGUAACACAUAAUUCAUACUGAUCUGACUUUAUUUCUGUUACAUUUUACUUCAGUUACUUUAUUACAUUUUGUUUCAUUUACUUUGUACAAACACUGGAUGUAUAAACUUAAAAUCCAUAGGUGUCAAACUCAAAAAGACUGGGUCUGUUCUCAUUAAAAAAAGCAGUUAUGAUAAUUUUGCAGUUUGAACCAGACCUGACUUGCAGUUUAACAGUUCUUUAUAUUUUUAUGGUAAGUGGAUCUAUUAGUGUAGAAAGUAAUGUUGAUAUUUAAGUUGCAGUUUAUUUAUUUGGCAACGUCAUAUUUUUGGAGUUUGGUGAGAAGUGCAAAGGCACACUUAACACAACGUGGAUAAAAAGUUUUCUUUUUUACUUAACUAAGAGAGACUGCUCAGGAUAAGUAUGCUCUAUCAUGAGAAUAAGGAAUCUGUGUCUCAGGAACUCAUUUUUGGUGUGGACAGCUUUAUUGUACCAUAAUUGUACGUUUUAAAAUGUUGACCGUAUUCUUAGUUGUAAAAAAAGCCUCAUUAAAUCUCUACAAACAAUCUAGGUUUCAAACUAAUAAGAACCUCAGCAUGGCUAAAAAUGUCUGAGCCCAGAGAUGGUUCUGAAAAGAGAGUAAUUGUAAGACAUUUACUGAAUACCUGCAGUUAGGAAUGAGUUCCUUUUAAUAUGUAGUGCCAACGUUGCCAACAUAACCUUUCUGUGUAGCAUAACCUAGACAAGAGCUAAGACUUUUUUAUUUCUGUAACUGAUUGUAUUUUAGUUUCUUUUUGCUGAAAAGAACACAAAAAGCUUCAGAAAUUCCCAAGGGUCAAAUAGAAAAACAUUUCGAGUUUUUUUUUUUCUGGAAUGAAUGUACUUUGCUAGGUUUGGACAGCCAGUUAACCUUAGAAAUGUGCUCUAAGAAGCUAAAGCUUUGAGUUUUGGGGCUACGUAGGUUAUGGAAGGGUUUUAAAAAAUACUUUAAUCAACAUAUAAUGGGCUUAUGGGAGGAGAAACCAUAAGCCAUGGAUUUUGAUUGCGGCCACAAACUUAGCCUUUUCAGAAGUUUUCCUUGCUUUAAGAAAGCCUCUGCACAUUACCUGAGACUGCCAGAAGUUUAGAGACUGCUUUGAAAAAGGUGUAUGUUUUUGAUGCAGUUUGGCAAAUUGUUUACUUCAAAUAUAUGAAUACACAAAAAUUCAUGAGAACAUUGACUAUAUGAAUAUUUUCUUAAUUGUAAUAGUUGGCAUUUUCUAAUGAAAAUGAAUUUUAUUUACAAGUGAAAGACUUUCUAAGAUUUUUAUGCAAAGCUGCUGAACUAGAAGGUGAAAAGAUGAAACCAGGUCUAAUUGUACAUGCCUAUAAUCCCAGCAUUGGGGAGGCUCAGGCAGAAAGAUCACCAGAAGUGUAUGAGGCUAGCCUGAUUUAGUUCAACACCAGCCUGAACUACAAAGUCAGAUCAUAUCCCUAAUAAUCAAAUACAAAACAACAACAACAAAAAGCUCUGGUGAACUACAGGUUGAAUGAGAGAAAAAAGUUAAUUAUGCCUAAAGUAUCUAAAGACCAUGUUCCUAGACUGUAAGCCCUUUGAGGGCAGGCUGUCAGAGUUAUCUUUGUAUCUUCCCCUGCACCUAGUGUAGUGCCUUGCACGUGAUAGGUGCCCAAUAAAUACUAAUGAUGAUGAAGUCACUCUGUUUCUAACGUGACUAAAUGAUGGGGACUAAUUGUCCUCAUUUGUAAAGUACUGCUUUUUUAAGUGCUGACCUCCUGGUAGUAUUAGAUCUGACUUCCUUUUUCCUUUCAAACUCAGUUGGAUUGCCCAAUAAAGAUAAAUGCUACUUCCGUUCCAGGUACUGUAACUUGUCCAAAGGAGAAAGCAAAGUGAUAGCUAUUUCACAUAAGAUUGACAUGUACGUUUGCUUUAACACUGGAAAAUUUUAAUAGACCUGACAUCCAACCACUAAGAUGCUUGUUAAAAUAUAACUCCAGAAGAAAGUUUUAAAAUACACACUUAACGGUUGAAAGCCCAGUUGUUUGCCUCUGGUGUUGGGCACAUCGGCUCUGGUUUGGAUUACCGUUGCUCUGACUGCACUAAACUCAGUGAUUGUAGAAAUCUUAUUCUUUCUGUCUCAGAGAGAUAGAAGUUUAUCAGAAGGCACAUGUGGCAAUAAAUUCAAACAGAAACCCUGGGAACCACAAAAAUAAGUUUAGAGGGUAAAUAUUUAACCCAAGUGUUUUCCUAUCAGGGAUUUUAUGAGGUGAGUUAGAUACUGGUUUUGUUUCCCAGUAUGGGGAACCCUAUGCCUUCUCUUUAGCCCUUAGGUCUUUCUUUUGUUUUACUUCCCUAGAUGAAGUAUUAAUGCAAGAAUUCUUGUUUCAGUCGACAGUUGAUUUAUGAGUUAGCUCAUCAAAAAGUUAAACUGAGUAAAUGUGCCUUCAUGUAUUCAAGGGCCCCUUGCUGCAGGGUUUUCAUGUGUGUAAACACAUCCCACUUUUGUUCAUCUGUGAGUCCAGUUGGAAAUGAGUAUCAGAACUGAAACGUAGAGGAGCUAAUGACAGAAGUAAAUAUUUGAAAUGAAAGCAGCUCUGAGCCUUCUAAAGGCUGUCAUUUCUGUGACACUGUGCUCUCUUCCUUUGUUAGGGAAGUCUGUAACCUUCCUGGCAAAUGAAUCAGUGCAGAGUGGGAAGAAAUCUGUGACCCGAGUGGGGAGGAGUGGGGUUCUGAAGUACAGAGAUCAGACUAGCCGAAGGAGUGAGGCAGUCAUCUUUAAGGGGGUAGGGUAGUAAUCUUCCCAAAGUUGUAUGGACACCUCCCAGCUUUCUACAGUCUGGGGAGUUGUGCUGAGAAAGACUAGAGAAAAUACAGGUAGAGAGGAGACAGGCACAUUGUAAUUUUAACAUCAGACUUAUGAAAAACUGCAGCUUCAGGACAUAAAGUCACCAAGGUUACAGUGACCUUUUCCAGGAUACUUAAAAAAUUCUCAAAGGUUUUACAGAUAGCAGUAUAUCUAUAAAUUGGGUGCCUUGACUUUUCUCCAGAGUGCGAACUUUCUGGCUGAUAAACCUCGUUAUACUUCACUGACAUGUCUUGAAAAUUCUGUUUCUGUAAUGAUAGUCAAUGAACCUACAGCCUACCCCAUGAAUGGAGUGCUUUCAAGUGCCCAUCUCUUAGGGGGACUUCAUUGGACCGCAUCCUGUGAUGGGGACAGUGAGACUCCCCUGUGUAUUAAUCCUUAUGUAUGACAAACUAGGUUUGUUAAUCUAGUUGGAUCAUAUUUUUAAAAAAUUUACAAGUGGGUUUUAUAAGAAGAAACUGCUGCUUGAGCAUUUGAAAGCCCAACAGUAGUAGCAUCAAACUUGCAUUAAUUUAAGAAAACAAGAAUUUAUUACUGCAAACAUAAAUAAGAAGCCAGUAGAGUGGUUCAGGCAGCUUUCCACAUUGUGUGAUUGCAGGCCCAGGUGCCUUUCCUCUUGUGACUGUCACCCCAGGGUUUCAGUCUUCCACCCUCAAGCUGGAUGGUGGAGGUUGGGGAAAAAGAAGGCUCACCUGCUUCAUGAGCAUGGCUCAAGAUUACCACAUCACCGACUCAUUCUGAGGGUGCAAAUGAACUGCACAGCCCUAUAUGAUUUAAUGGGCACAUUUUUCAGGCACAACUGUAUGUUAGAAGACUGAAUCUUGCAUACAUAAUCAUAGUAUCACUUCUUGUUUAUGCUCACUUGGCUUAAGCUGACCAGCCCUCUAGCAGGGAGUGACCACUUGAUCAUCAUGAUUAUUGUAAAUACUUUAUUCAUCUUGUCUGUAGCAUAUAGGCAUUAAGGAUUUUCUGAAGGUGAAUGUAGUAGUUUUACAGGUUCAGGCAAUAACAGGUGAAAGUUACUUGGCAGAAAUAAAAUUUCUAGCCUCCUACAUCAUCUAGAAUGUUUUGUUUUGUUUUGUUUCCCCCCCAUCUAUAGUUUGUGCAUUGAAAUUCAAUAGGCAAAUGAUUUCCUAUUGAACACUGCUCAAAAGUGUUGCCCAGCUUUAGUCUGAGUUGCCAAUGAUGUCUGUAGUUGGAAGAGAUACCUAGAAUACAACAUUAUAUGCAGGUAAUUUUAAGCAUUGGAGGACUCAUCAAAACUGUUGGGAUCACCAAAGCUUUGUGUAAGAAGCAGAAAUAAAAUUCACUUAACUAAAAGUGUACUACCACAUCAUACUCCCAUCACUGUUAACUUCCUUACUAUCCUAAAACUUGCCUAGCAAAUUCUUGCCGCGAAAUUUUUGCAUUGGCUUCCUGUUAAUGAAACAUUGCUUCUUGACUGUAGCAUUAUUUGUUAUAGUUCUUGUUGCUACUUAAGAUUUUAUACAUCCAUUAUAUGUGUAAGUUUAUUGACUGUCAGUUUAAUGAUAGAGGCCUGUGCUUCUUGUUUUCUUAAAAGACUACAUGUUUGUUGAGUGAAUUGAAUUAAUAAAAAGCAAGAAAAUGA